ACUUCGUCAGGUAAAUUUGAAAUAGUCCGCGUGAUGGAUUUGACGAUUUUGUCUGCUCCAGAUGAAUACCUGCCUUGUGAUCCUGAGUGUUUGCUAAUAUUUUGCUACAUUAGGUUUAAAGGGGCACGUAUGAACAUAAAGAUGAAGGUACCUGAUCAGUUUACUGUUGAGAACUUCCCAGUUCUCAGUCAUGAUAAUAAGGAGUAUCACAGAAUUCCAAUUAUCCUAACGUAUUUGAGGAAAGAAAAUUAUGGCUUAGAAUAUGAGUUAUCUGACAUUGAGGGUGUUCAGUUGUGUGCUUUAAUUUCAACUAUAGAACGUCGUUUAGCUCCUGCUAUUAAUUGGUUCCUAUGGGGUGACGAUUUUGUUUAUACUAAAUUCACUAGAAAAAUGUAUUUUGGAUCAAUUGGAUUUAUUAAACAAUUAUAUAUUCCUUAUAUCUGGCGUAACAAAAAGUUAAAUAAGGCAAAGUCUUCUCAGUUAGUUAUUUGUCUUAAGAAUAUGUCCGAUUCAGAAAUAGGCGAGUAUUUAUAUUCACUGGCCAAACUCUGCAUUACAUCACUUGCUUACAUUUUGGGUGAAAAUACAUAUUUUAUCGGCGAUCGACCAACUGCAGUCGACGCUUAUGUGUUUGCAUUUAUGUGGCCUUUAUUAAUGUAUGAAUCACAGCAUGGUGAUUCUAAUUGGUGGGAUAUCGACUACAGCUCAUCAUCAUCGUUAUCAUCCACUUGUUUACAAUCAGGUUCACAUCAUUUAAUCACACAUCUAUUACAAUGUCCUAAUCUAAUUAGAUUUUUUAAGAAUAUCUCGUCGAAAUACUUUCAGAAAUAUACAAAAUGUUUUAGAAAAGAAAAAUCUUCAGUUAUCGACAAGUCAGAUGUAUCUCAUCCAAUUCGUGAUUGUAUUCUCUGGGGUACUGGAGUAGUUGGUUUAUUUCUAACUUAUGCUUAUUAUUCAAAUAAUGUUCGGAUUUUACAAAGAUUCCACGGGUCUUGAUCUAUCUACGGUCGCUACUGUUAUUUACUGUUUUAUAGUCCUUGAAUUGUGUGUAUUAUUUCGCAUUUCUCUCUCCAAAUAUCCUUCCUAUUCUCGUAAAUCUUCUUGAACCCAUUGUCAAUUCACACAAUUUAUUACCCAUCCUUUUUGCAAAUCUCGAUUCUGUAUAAUUUUACAACUUUCUGAUUGCAUAUGUGAAUAUUACUAUUUCUAGUUCCCUUUUUGUUCCUAUGUCAUCUCGACUGUUUUUCUUGUUAUUGUGUUAUUAUAAAGACGUUUGUCUAUACAUUGUUAUCUGAAAUGAUGGUGAUGUAUUCUCUGAACUAUUUCAGUUGAAUUACUGAGAAGUAAGCUCUAAAGAUGUCCAGAUUAAAAAUUAAUGAAAGCUUUAGCUCAGUGAACACAUUACAUUGUUAUCUUUGGCUGAUUGUACUGCAUUUCUUGAAAGCUUCCUUUCUAUCAUUAUCUUAUGCAUGUUCUCAUCACAAAACAUUUAUUGUUAGUUCCUUUUUUAGUGACAGGCAUAAUGAUUAGCAGUAGAAGAAACGUAUCAGAGAUGAAAAGAAUGUACGGUAGUUUUUGCAUUACUUUAGUGCAUUUUUGUAAAUAUAGAUCUUUAUAGUUUUUACAACUAUUGUUUACUCUUAAUCUCCUGGGUUGAUAUUGUGGUAUAGCAUUGUGGGCCGAUGCACAUGUUUGUUAACUGCUUGAACGUUGAUUAUAACUGACUGCUU